AUGGAGUUAUACUCCCACUUGACUAAAGAAGAUUUCAACGUAAAAAGUUACGGGACCGGUGGCAAAGUUAAGUUGCCCGGAGCUUCAGCUGACAAGUCAAACGUCUACGACUUCGGGACGCCAUACAAUGAUAUUUAUCAGGAUUUUCGCAGGAAAAACGCCGGUUUAUACACCGAAACCGGAAUCUUGCACAUCCUCGACCGUAACCGGAGGAUCAAGAAGCAUCCGGAAAGGUUCCAGGAGACCGAGGAAGUGUUUGAUUUGUUGACAACCUGCGAGGAAAGGGUCUAUGAUCAAGUUUUGGAACACAUCGACACCAGAGAAGCGAAGGAUAAUUCAGUUGUUCAUAUAGUUAACUUCGAUAUUACUGAUAAUUUGGAUGAAGCCACUGUUGGUACUUUUCUUAUCACCGACUUUUGUACCAUGAUUGAAAAGACCUCAGAUUUAGACGACGAAAUUGAGGACGUCCUGUCUGCGUUUGAGGAGAAGACUCACAAAAGAAUUCUGCACAGUAUUGCCUUUAAUUAAUAUUAUGUUAUUUAUA